AUCAGGAGCAGGAAUCAGGAAACGGAGCAGCAGCAGGAGCAAACCCAAACCCAAGCCAACCCAAUCCAAUCCCCAAAGACCGCGCCCCGAUGAAUCUGCUGUGCUGCUGUUGUUGCAGUAACAUGGCACCAAACCAGCGCGUCACACGCAAAUGGGAACUGUUUGCCGGACGCAAUAAAUUCUACUGCGAUGGAUUGCUAAUGUCCGCACCGCACACAGGCGUCUUCUACUUGACGUGCAUCCUGAUUACCGGCACCAGUGCGCUCUUCUUUGCCUUCGACUGUCCCUUUCUGGCGGACAGCAUAAAUCCGGCCAUUCCGAUUGUGGGAGCGGUCCUCUACUUCUUCACGAUGAGCUCCUUGCUGCGCACAACCUUCACGGAUCCGGGCGUCAUACCGCGAGCCUCCAACGAUGAGGCCGCCUAUAUCGAAAAGCAAAUUGAGGUGCCAAACUCGCUGAACAGCCCCACAUAUCGACCGCCGCCGAGGACCAAGGAGGUCCUGGUCAAGGGCCAGACGGUCAAGCUGAAAUACUGCUUCACCUGCAAGAUCUUCCGGCCACCGAGGGCCUCGCACUGCAGUUUGUGCGACAACUGCGUGGACCGCUUCGAUCACCACUGUCCCUGGGUGGGAAACUGCGUGGGCAAGCGGAAUUAUCGGUUCUUUUAUUUGUUUCUAGUCUCAUUGGCAUUUUUAGCUGUAUUUAUAUUCUCGUGCUCUGUGACGCAUUUAGUUUUAUUGAUGAAAAAGGAGCAUGAGGUCUUCAAUGUAAUCAAGAAGGCGCCCUUCACUGUGAUUGUUGUGUUCAUUUGCUUCUUUUCGAUAUGGUCGGUGAUCGGCCUGGCCGGCUUCCAUACCUAUCUGACGACCAGCGAUCAGACGACCAACGAGGAUCUCAAGGGAUCCUUCUCCUCCAAAGGCGGUCCGCGCACCCAAAAUCCCUAUUCGCGGGGGAACAUCUGCCUGAAUUGUUGCCACAUCCUGUGCGGACCCAUGACGCCCUCGCUGAUCGAUAGACGCGGCAUCGCCACCGACGAGUGGCAGCAGAUGCAGCACCAAUCGAGUCCGCGGCAUGCGCUGAGCGAUGUGCUGAGUGCCUCGCACAUGGUCACCACCUCGCAGCCCAUGAUGGGCGGUGGGAUCGGUGGUGCCGGCGGCGGGAUCAGCAUUGGUGGGGCGGAGCUGAAGCCCCGGUUCUACGACGAGUCCAAUCCCUCCUCCUCGACACUGGAGGGCAACGGCCAUGGGAAUGGGAACGGCCAUGGCAACGGCAACGGCUUCCACAGCGACCAUCCGCCGCCCAGCUACGACCUCGUUCAGAACGGUAAGUCCCGCAAGCAGCACCAGCAGCGCUGCUCCCUGCAAACCCUGCUGCCGGCCAGUGCCCAGCAGCAGUUCAAGGCCAGCAAGCAUAAGCAUAGCAAGCAAUUGAAGCAGCAUCUGGUGGCCGCCGAGCUGCAGCAACACGAGGGACUGGUGGCUCCCAAUUCUCCCUCCCUUCUGCGCUCGCCGGCCACGUCCUCCUCGUAUCGGCUGAACCUGAAGCGAUCGCUGCACCUGCCGCUGACACCGUCGUACGACGACGUCCGCCACUCGCCGCUGCCGCUGCUGCACCACCAUGUCCACGCCCAGCAGACCACCGCCAUUGGCAGCGUGGCGGCAGCGGCAGCGGCGGUGGCCUCCGGCGCCAGUGGUACUGGAACGGGCAGGGUUACAGGUGGCUCCUCCUCCUCCACCACCACCGCAGCCAAUUCGGUGUCCGUUUCCCUGGCCACUGCUCCACCGCCGCUGGCGCCGCGACGACCGUCGACGCUGCAGCUGCAGGCCAGCGGAGCGAUCUCCGCCAGCAACAGCACCCUGACCACCAUCCAUACGACGGCGCCACAGCCGCCGGCGCCCACGGACUUCAAGUACUAUUCGCCGCAACGCAGCACCGACUCCAAUCUGAUGCCGCAGCAUAAUUAUCCGUUUACGAAGCAGGCGCGCGGAAUGCGUCGCCAGUCGACGAUGUCGGUGGACUCGCAGAAGGUCAAUAUAGCCGGCUAUCAACCGCUGCCGAUGCGGAAACCCUACAAACACCAGGAGGUGAUGUUCGAACUGAAGUCGCCGACCAAUCGGCUGACCAUUCGCGAGUGCGACUUUGGCGGUGGCGGUGAACCCUGCGAUGACGAUCAGUCGAUCAAGGACAGCCAGAUCUUUCGUGUUAGUAAACGAAAUCUUUAUAUGAAUCACCGGUCGCCGUGGAAGGAGCGCGACCGCUACUCCAAUCUCUACGAGUACUCGUUUAACAUCGAUCUCAACUCGAUCAUCGAGGAUGCGGCGGGCAGCGACUCGUCAUAGUACGCAGCAGCAGUCGGCUGCUCCCCGGUUGUCCGCCUCCCAGUCAUCCUCCUCGAUCGGUUGUUGGGCGCUGUACAUAAUAAUAAGGCCGGGACCUGGCCAGCCCGAAUCCUACUGCUUCCACGCUUCUGCUAAGGCGGCCAAGUCAAGUCCAGUUUCCGGGAUAUUCUAUAUUCUAUCCUCUAACUGCGGACUCGUGAUUAUGAUUUAGUUAAGACCUCAGUUAGGAUUUAAAAUAAGGGCUUUAUCUAGGCUUUAAAUGCGGUUUUGAAUAGUUUGUACAUGCUUUAAUCAAGGCUGCAUACUGUUUUUUAACCGAACUCCUUUCAAACAGUUCGGGUUUAUCCAAAUUUGAACUGCACGAAUUUAAAAUUAAAUUGCUUUUAAAAUAUACAAGUAGAAUAUUCGGCAAAGCACACUUAUAUUUUCAUUUAUGACUUAAAAAUAAAUAUUAAAUAUUAUUAGAUUAAUUGUAAAUCACGAUUGAAUUCAACAGCUAACCCUCUUUUGUGUUGACCUUUUCUUUUUAUCCAAGCAAAUGCUUUCGCUUCGACUUGCAAAGUAAAUAUUUUGCUCAACUCGAUGUUCAAGCCAACGGACCGAAUAAAUUUAAAAGUUUGCAGCCUUGAUUCGAACUUUUGAGGGAAUCUAUCACAGUCUGAUUGUGGCACAUUUGUGAGACUCACUUGGCUUCCAUGAUGCGCAUAGUUGCUAGAGCAUUGUAGCUGCCACCCUUUGCAGCCUGAAAU